AUGGUUAAGACUAAUAAGAAAAAAGGUCAACCCAUUGCAUUGACAAGUACAGAAAACACAACACGUGUACUAGACAACUCUGGUAAAUGGACCGUAGAGAAGUACAAGGACAUCUUGAGAAGCGUGAAUGGGCCGCUAGGAGGUGGCAUAGAGACGCUCCGUAAGCGCUGUUUAUUCUUAAAGGACUUACAGGCUCACGGUAUUGGCAGCGUGCUUGGGCUGAAAACUGAAGAUGCACGGAAACUUUGCAAUCAGCUCGAUCUUUCGCUAGGCUCGAAGGUAGAGGUGGUGGAGCGGAUUGGAAAAACUCUACUAAACCCUUCGGCUCGCCAGCAGAACGGCGCGAUUAUAUCAGCCGUCAGAGAAGGAUAA